GCCCUGGGAGACACACUUUAGGGUCGGUUGGUCGUCGCUGUUGGAGGUGUGCCGUGGGUUUUCCUCGCCGUUGCUGCCACCCGUCCCUGCAACCGCGCCCCCGCCUUGGCCCCGGCCCAGCGGCUCUCCCUGCCCUCCUCCCCUUAGCCAGCCCCUCACCCAGGUUUCUACCGUCGGGGCCCCGGGGCCAGGCUAAUGAUGCCGUCGGAGAGCGGGGCUGAGACCCCGGACCAGGCAGCUGCGCACGUGGGGACGGCUGCGGCCUUGGCGGUGACCACGGCCACCCCGGCAGGCGGCGGCCCCGACCCAGAGGCCUCACCGGCCUCCCUCGGACGGCACCUGAGUGGGCUGGGCUGGCCACAGGUGAAGCGGCUGGACGCACUCCUGAGCGAGCCGAUUCCCAUUCACGGGCGGGGCAACUUCCCCACGCUGAGUGUACAGCCCCGGCAGAUCGUGCAGGUGGUCCGCAGCAGCCUGGAGGAACAGGGGCUGCGCGUGCACAGUGUGCGGCUGCAUGGUUCCGCGGCCAGCCAUGUGCUGCACCCGGAGAGUGGCUUGGGCUACAAGGACCUGGACCUGGUGUUCCGCGUGGACCUGCACAGUGAGGCAUCCUUCCAGCUGACCAAGGAGGUGGUGCUGGCCCGCCUGCUGGACUUCCUGCCAGCUGGUGUGAGCAGGGCCAAAAUUACGCCACUGACGCUCAAGGAGGCAUAUGUGCAGAAGCUGGUGAAAGUGUGCACGGACACGGACCGCUGGAGCCUCAUCUCACUGUCCAACAAGAGUGGCAAGAAUGUGGAACUCAAGUUUGUGGACUCAGUCAGGCGCCAGUUCGAGUUCAGUGUUGAUUCCUUCCAGAUCAUCCUGGACUCCCUGCUGCUCUUUGGCCAGUGCUCCUCCACACCCAUGUCGGAGGCUUUCCACCCAACUGUGACAGGCGAGAGCCUUUACGGGGACUUCGCCGAGGCCUUGGAGCACCUGCAGCACCGCGUAAUUGCCACACGCAGCCCUGAGGAGAUCCGAGGUGGUGGCCUUCUCAAGUACUGCCACCUCCUGGUGCGGGGCUUCCGGCCGCGGCCCAGCACGGAUGUGCGUGCCCUGCAACGCUACAUGUGCUCUCGCUUCUUCAUAGACUUCCCAGACCUGGCGGAGCAGCAGCGCACCCUGGAGCGUUACCUGGAGGCCCACUUCAGUGGGGCUGACUCGGCCCGCCGCUACGCCUGCCUGGUGACGCUGCACCGGGUGGUCAAUGAGAGCACCGUGUGCCUCAUGAACCACGAGCGCCGCCAGACACUGGACCUCAUUGCCACACUGGCACUCCAGGCGCUGGCCGAGCAGGGCCCCGCUGCUGCGGCUGCCCUGGCCUGGCGCCCUCCAGGCCCUGACGGGGUGGUGCCUGCUACUGUCAACUACUAUGUGACCCCUGUGCAGCCUCUGCUGGCCCGGGCCCAUUCCUCCUAUCCCACCUGGCUGCCUUGUAACUGACUCGGACCCUAGCCAGAAGGAACUGGGCCUCCCCAUGGGAGUGGGGCCUCCAGGAAGGUGUGGAGGACAUGACCAGAGACAGGCAGUUGGUGCCAGGUGGCCCAGUACUGUUGCAAGAUGGGCCUUCGAUUAAACAGACCAGACUGCCCCAAGUGAGGCCCCUGGGGUUCUUGGCAAAUGGACCCUUCAGUUACUGCACCACACUUUUGGACCAGCAUGACAGUGGGGUGCAGGGGCUGUUUCCCUUGGGGGUCAAUUGCCUUCAAGAGACAAAGCAUAUUUGGGGUGGUAGCCUCAGUGCCACCAUCUUGGGUUGAUUUCUGUGACCUACAAAGGGUCUUUUUGGCUCGAGCCAGCCCUCAGUGAUUGCAGCACCCUCCAAGGGCCUGCAGCCUACACAAUGCUAAAAUAUAUGAUAUGUAUGGGAACUACUUGGGUCAGGCUGGGCCAGUAACAGGCCCUGCUGAUCCAACCUGGCUAAUCACUGGAAGGAGGGACACUGAGGCAAGAGGGUUUGGAGAGGGAUAGUUUAGCCCAGUCCCCUAAUUCCCCUACCCCCAGCUGUUGAGGUGUGUGGUGGACAGGAGCCAAGCAGCCUGUGUGCCACCAUCUUGGGUUGAGAGUGGCCCCUUUCCGGGGUGUUGCUCCCUUCCCUCGUGCUGUGAGGAGCCCUCCUGCCUGGGAACUUGUUCUUCAGAGGGUUCUGGGCCCAGAGUGGUCACAAGCAAGUGCUCCCACUCCACUGGCCUGGCCACCGAUCUUCACUUGGGAAAGGGAAGCUGUACUCUCCCUCCUUUCCCAUCGCUCUGCAUUUGUUACUAUUUUGCACUCUCAACACCUGCCAAUAAAGAUUGUCUACACUGA